GGGGUUAAAAUUAGGGUUAACCGUGUGGCUAUUGAACUCUCUGCUACCUCCUUCAGACUCAUGCGACGGUGACGGCGAGGGACUCUCCUUCUCCGGUUUCGUCUCACAACCUUGAGCCACCGCAAAUCAAGACCAUACAACCACCUUUAUCUCGUCUCUCCGCCUCAUACAGUGUUCUCAUCUCUCCAUUUGGAACCCUCUCUUUUGCUUCUCACUUAACAAAAACGAGCACAAGCUAAAGCAAGAAGAUGAAGAUAUGGCUUACCUGAUGUGUAGAAGGAGAUUGAGGGUUUAAUGUCUAGUAAAUGAUAAAAGAAGAAUACUGAGGUGAAAAUUGAAAGAAGAGAAGGGUAAAUUAAUAUUUGUUUGAAAAUUGUGAAGCCCCAACUUACAAAGUGCAGCUCUCUCGUGUUCACCCUGCCCGCCCCUUGAACUGAGAAGAUGUCAGUGCUUAUGGUGACGAGUUUAGGGGACCUGGUUAUCGAUUUGCAUACCCAUAAGUGUCCCUUAACCUGCAAGAACUUCUUGAAGCUUUGCAAGAUUAAGUACUACAAUGGCUGUCUAUUUCACACCGUUCAAAAGGAUUUCACUGCACAGGCUGGUGAUCCAACUGGAACUGGCACCGCUGGCGAUUCUAUCUACAAGUUCCUUUAUGGGGAUCAAGCUCGGUUUUUCAAUGACGAGAUUCAUAUUGAUCUAAAGCAUUCCAAGACUGGAACUGUUGCCAUGGCAAGUGCUGGAGAGAAUAUGAAUGCUUCCCAGUUCUAUAUAACUCUGCGUGAUGACCUUGAUUACCUUGAUGGAAAGCACACUGUUUUUGGCGAGGUAGCUGAAGGAUUUGAGACUUUGACCAGAAUAAAUGAGGCUUAUGCAGAUGGAAAGGGCAGACCAUUUAAAAAUAUCAGGAUCAAGCAUACUUACAUCCUUGAGGAUCCUUAUGAUGAUCCUCCUCAGCUACCUGAGUUUAUUCCCGAAGCUUCACCUGAGGGAAAACCGAAGGACGAGGUUGAUGAUGAAGUCAGGCUUGAAGAUGAUUGGGUGCCUAUGGAUGAACAAUUAAACCCAGGAGAGCUGGAAGAGGUUAUUAGAUCAAAGGAAGCACAUUCUAGGGCAGUUGUGCUUGAGAGUAUUGGGGAUAUUCCCGAUGCUGAGGUUAAGCCUCCAGAUAAUGUACUAUUCGUCUGUAAAUUGAAUCCGGUGACUGAGGACGAGGACUUGCAUACAAUAUUUUCUCGCUUUGGAACUGUAUCAUCGGCUGAAAUCAUCCGUGAUCAAACUAGUGGCGACAGUUUAUGCUAUGCUUUUAUAGAGUUUGAUGACAAACAGGCAUGUGAGCAGGCAUAUUUCAAGAUGGAUAACGCUUUGAUUGACGAUCGAAGAAUACAUGUAGAUUUUAGUCAAAGUGUUGCAAAACUGUGGUCACAAUACAACAGGAAAGAUAAUAAGGCUGGUGGUUGCUUCAAAUGUGGUUCCACAGAUCAUAUUGCUAAGGAUUGCACUGGAGAUGCUACGGUGAAACAACCCACAAAAUAUAUCUUGAAGGACAAUAAUGCUCAACGUGGUGGACAGAAUGCGAGAUACGAAAUGGUUUUUGAUGGAGAUAGCACGAAAAGUCCAAGGAGAGAAACGAAACACCAAAGACAUAACAAAGAUGACCGAGAUGAUAAAAGAGGCAGGAAAGAAAUUUUUAAAGAUGAUAGUCAUAGAGACCGUAGAGAUCAGGAGAUGGCAGGCUCAAAUAACAGAGAUAGGUAUGGCGAUAGAGGCAGAGGGCUUGAAGGAAAUGGAGAUGAUAAAGCUCGACUGGAAAGAGGCGCAAGAGAUACAGGUCUGCAGGAUGACAAGAAAGACAGAGAAAGGCACGUGGGAAGACAGAGAGAUGAUGACUAUCGAGGAAAAGAUGACCUAGACUCGAGAAAAAAAGACUUAGGUUAUAGCUUCACAGAAAGGCGGGCUAGUCGAGAUGAAAGGAGAAAAGCUGAUACUAGUCAUUUGGAUAGGAGGAAUGACAGAGAUUAUAGGAAGAGAACUGAAGACAGUGGAAGGCCAGAUGUGAAGAUUGAUUCUGGACGAAGAAAACAAAGCCCAGAUGAUGAGGAUUACAAUCAUAGAAGAAAUGGCGAGGAUUGCAGAGAAAAUGUGAAGAUUGAUUCAGGACGAAGAAAACGAAGCCCGGAUGAUAGGGAUUACAAACAUGUAAGGGACCAUGAGGAUUACAAACAUAGGAAGGAAGAUCGUGGACAUAGAAGACGUGAUACCGAACCUGAUGAAUAUCCUCAUCCUCAUAGAAGGCAUCAUGGCGACAAGAGAUGAUUGUCGUUGUCACCAUAUCCUAAUCUUGAGCACAGAACUUUGCCAUUGCAAGUUUAAGAUAGAGUUUGAUACAUAAUGAAAUCAAACAGUAUGAUUUGUUUUUCUUGGUUCCACUAAACUUUUGUUAGUAGGAUCAGAAAGUCUUGUUUCUUAAGUUCCAUGCCUUAUUUAAUACGUGGAACAGAGUUUUGAAAUCAUGAUGAUAUUGUCUUGUUUUUUAAUGGUUGCCAAAGAACAAACUUACUCUGCAGUAUUUGAUUCUCUCGAGGCAACUAUGGCAAGAAAUCGUCCAAUUAGGAUGAAAAUAGAGAGAGUACACUUUGCAGAAGAAAAGGGUUGCCUUUUACUUGGUUGGAAAGGAAGACCUAUUAUGAUGGCUUUCUUCUUGGCAAGUGACAAGUUUGUCAUGAACAGAUAGAGCUUCUUAAGGAAAAAGAAAAUUGAUUUGUUGCAGUAACCGGAUCACGGAUCGAGAUUGUUUACUGCAUGUAAAUGCAUGCUUGAGAAUCCAGAUCCAAGAAAAAGGGGGUAGAAUGAUAAUGCACUUAUAAAUUUGUUUCUUUCAACAUCUAAUUGAAUUUAGUUAAUCAUUUUUCAAUAGUUA